AUGCGAGGCAUCUUCCUUCUUCUCGCUUUGACAGCAUUUGUAAGUGCGAGAUACGUUGUGAAGAGAAAUGCUUACGGAGACGAACAAGUCACUCCUGCCCCACAACCAGUGGUUGAAGUCACCGAAGCUGCUCCAGUAGAGGAAGCUCCAGUUGUUGUCCCACAAGAAACCCCAGCUCCAGCCCCAGCUCCAGCUCCAGUCCCAGAUUGCAACGUAGCCCCAGCUCCAGUUGCCCCUGAAGCUCCAGCUGUUGUUGACUCUGGAUACAGAUCUAAGAGAAACGCUUACGGAGAUGAACAAGUCACCCCAGCCGCUGAGCCAGUCGUUGAAGUUACUGAAGCCGCUCCAGUAGAGGAAGCUCCAGUCGUUGUUCCACAAGAGACUCCAGCUCCAGCUCCAGUCCCAGAUUGCAACGUUGCCCCAGCUCCAGUUGCCCCUGAAGCCCCAGCUGUUGUUGACUCCGGAUACAGAGCCAAGAGAAACGCUUAUGGAGAUGAGCAAGUUACCCCAGCUGCAGAACCAGUUGUUGAAGUUACCGAAGCCGCUCCAGUAGAGGAAGCUCCAGUUGUUGUCCCACAAGAAACCCCAGCUCCAGCUCCAGCUCCAGCUCCAGUCCCAGAUUGCAACGUAGCCCCAGCUCCAGCUGCCCCUGAAACCCCAGCUGUUGUUGACUCCGGUUACAGAUCCAAGAGAAACGUUUACGGAGAUGAGCAAGUCACCCCAGCCCCAGAACCAGUCGUUGAAGCCACUGAAGCCGCUCCAGUAGAGGAAGCUCCAGUCGUUGUUCCACAAGAAACCCCAGCUCCAGCUCCAGUCCCAGACUGCAACGUUGCCCCAGCUCCAGCUGCCACCGAAGCCCCAGCUGUUGAGGAAUCAGGAUACAGAAGCUGA